GUUGAAAGAGAGAGAGUGUGAGUGCGUAGGGUAACACACACAAAAUAUGAAGAAGUCAUCAGGAGGCGCAGCAGAGAAGAAGAGGGUGCGACGCUCCUCCGCACCAGAUCCCAACUCCGACGUCCCUCCUAGGAAACAAGCUGCCAAGAAAGAUGUGUUUCAGGUUUUUGCUGAGAAGGUGAGAGACAAUAAGGAUUUGGUUUCUAGAUGGGCUGUUCUACAGGAGACACGUGUUGAAUAUUUUAGAGGGAAGGAUUUCGUGAACUUCUUGAAGAAUCAUCCUGAGCUCAAAGAUACUCUAGAAUCAGAUAAGAAUUUAGAAACAGAGGAUAUUGCCAACAUUCUACUUGGAAAAAGUCUUUUAGUUCGCUGUGAUCGUGUGGUUAAAACUCUUCGUCCUGGGAAGAAAAAGUUGUCUACCUGGCCUGCGCAUUUAGAAAUUUUCCCUGAACAAGUAUUUUCUGAAAAUGAUGCUUUUUUUGCAUGGACAUUUGUAAAACGCCAUCCACUUUGGCAGACGCUCCUCUCAUUUUUCUGGCCUGUCUUAACAUUGGCUAUUUGCUUAUUUCCUGUGUACCCUCAUCGCUGCAAGAUAUUAAUACUUUACUCAUGCGCUGGGAUCCUGUUUCUUAUUCUCUCUCUACUUUUGAUAAGAGGUACAAUAUUUGGCGCUUUAUAUAUUAUUCUUGGAAAGCGGAUCUGGUUUUUCCCAAACAUCCUUGCCGAGGAAGCAACACUGCGGGAGUUGUUCAGAUUGUGGCCUAAGAAAGAUGAAGAGGAAAGACCUAAGUGGACAACGAGGCUAUUCUAUGCUGUGGUAGCUGUGCUGUUCAUUUUAUUGCUGAGGCAUCAUGCACCUGAUGAAGCUGCCAGAGCAAGGUACCAGAAGAGAGUAUCUAACAUCAUUGAUGAUGUUCUUGAAUGGUCUCCAAGUUUAGCCUUGUCUGGGAUGAUGGAGAAGCAAACAAAUGUGGUUAAUGCCACAGGGUCCGCUGAUGCUGACUCACAACCGAGCAAAACACCGGAGCACACAGCUCCACCUGAUGAUGGUGAUGAUGCAAAGACUUACACGGAACAGUUUAGUACUGAAGAAGUCAUUGAUAACUUAGAGGAUGCAGGUGAAGAUAAACAAUAUGAUUAAAUGGCAGUUAUAUACCUAAAUCAUAUAUAUCUAGUGACUAGAUCACAAUUUUCCUUUUAUUUGAGUGUAAAAGUACCGUGUAUGAAAUAAUAACAGUAAAAGUGGUUCGUUUUCAAA